GGCUGGCCGAUACGUUGGCUGGCUGCUCCUUUCUGCCCGCGGACGCCGCCGAGUGAGCAUCGUAGAAGUCGCCCCUUCCGCUGCCAUCAUGUCUAAGUCAGAGUCGCCCAAGGAGCCGGAGCAGCUUCGGAAGCUCUUCAUUGGAGGUUUAAGCUUUGAAACGACCGAUGAGAGUCUGAGGAGCCAUUUUGAGCAAUGGGGGACGCUCACAGACUGUGUGGUCAUGAGAGACCCGAACACCAAGCGAUCCAGAGGCUUUGGGUUUGUCACAUACGCCACGGUGGAGGAGGUGGACGCAGCCAUGAACGCGAGGCCACACAAGGUGGACGGCAGAGUUGUGGAACCAAAGAGGGCUGUGUCGAGAGAAGACUCUCAAAGACCUGGAGCCCACUUAACUGUGAAAAAGAUUUUUGUUGGUGGGAUUAAGGAAGACACAGAAGAACAUCACUUAAGAGAUUAUUUUGAGCAGUAUGGGAAAAUUGAAGUGAUUGAAAUCAUGACUGAUCGAGGCAGUGGCAAGAAGAGAGGCUUUGCUUUUGUAACCUUUGAUGACCAUGAUUCAGUUGACAAAAUCGUCAUCCAGAAAUACCAUACUGUGAAUGGCCACAACUGUGAAGUAAGGAAAGCCCUAUCUAAGCAAGAGAUGGCCAGUGCUUCGUCCAGCCAAAGAGGUCGAAGUGGUUCUGGGAACUUCGGCGGUGGUCGUGGAGGUGGUUUUGGUGGGAAUGACAACUUUGGUCGCGGAGGAAACUUCAGUGGUAGAGGUGGCUUUGGUGGCAGCCGUGGUGGUGGUGGAUAUGGUGGCAGUGGGGACGGCUAUAACGGAUUUGGUAAUGAUGGUGGUUAUGGAGGAGGCGGCCCUGGUUACUCUGGAGGAAGCAGAGGCUAUGGAAGUGGUGGACAGGGUUAUGGAAACCAGGGCAGUGGCUAUGGCGGGAGUGGCAGCUAUGACAGCUGUAACAACGGAGGAGGCGGAGGCGGCUUUGGCGGUGGUAGUGGAAGCAAUUUUGGAGGUGGUGGAAGCUACAAUGAUUUUGGCAAUUACAACAAUCAGUCUUCAAAUUUUGGACCCAUGAAAGGAGGAAACUUUGGAGGCAGAAGCUCGGGCCCCUAUGGUGGUGGAGGCCAGUACUUCGCCAAACCACGAAACCAAGGUGGCUAUGGCGGUUCCAGCAGCAGCAGCAGCUACGGCAGCGGCAGAAGGUUUUAAUCAGACUGCCGGGAAACAAAGCUUAGCAGGAGAGGAGAGCCAGAGAAGUGACAGGGAAGCUACAGGUUACAACAGAUUUGUGAACUCAGCCAAGCACAGUGGUGGCAGGGCCUAGCUGCUACAAAGAAGACAUGUUUUAGACAAUACUCAUGUGUAUGGGCAAAAAAACUCGAGGACUGUAUUUGUGACUAAUUGUAUAACAGGUUAUUUUAGUUUCUGUUCUGUGGAAAGUGUAAAGCAUUCCAACAAAGGGUUUUAAUGUAGUUGGUUUUUUGUUUUUUU